AUGCCUUUCAACACCGAAUUGACCCGCCGCCUCGGCAUUGCAGUCCCCGUCGUCCAAGGUGGCAUGCAACAUGUCGGGACAGCUGAGAUGGCCAGCGCCGUGUCCAACGCUGGCGGCCUGGGUAUCAUUACCGCGCUCAUCUGGCCCGAGCCCGAGGGCCUGCGCCAGGAGAUCCGGAAGUGCCGGAAACUGACAAGCAAGCCGUUCGGCGUCAACAUCACCCUGCUGCCGGCGUUUGUGCCGCCAGACUACGAGGCGUACGCCCAGGUCGUCAUCGAUGAGGGCAUCCGGAUUGUCGAGACUGCGGGGAACUCGCCGGGGCCGGUGAUUUCGAAGCUCAAGAAGGCCGGUUGCAUCGUGCUGCACAAGUGCACUACCAUCAGGCAUGCCCAGUCGGCGGUGAAGCUUGGUGUCGAUUUCUUGAGCAUUGACGGGUUUGAGUGCGCUGGCCACGUCGGCGAGUCGGACAUCACCAACUUCAUCCUUCUCAGCCGGGCCCGGCAGACCCUCAACGUGCCCUUCAUCGCCUCGGGCGGUUUCGCCGACGGCCAGGGUCUCGCGGCAGCCCUUUGCCUAGGCGCCUGUGGCAUCAACAUGGGCACACGCUUCCUAUGCACGGUCGAGAGCCCCGUCCACCACAACAUCAAGGAGCAGAUAGUCAAGGCGCAAGAGACCGACACGGCGCUUCUGCUGCGCCGCUGGCGCAACACCACCCGCCUGUACCGCAACAAGGUCACUGAGCAGGCGCUCAAGAUCGAGACUGAGACUAAGACGGGCGAGUUCUCUGAGGUUAUGCCUUAUGUCAGUGGGAAGCGCGGCCGUGAGGUGUUUAUCAAUGGUGAUCCGGAGCAUGGCGUCUGGACGGCUGGCCAGGUGAUUGGGUUGAUUCAGGAUAUUCCGACGUGUAAGGAUCUGGUGGCGAGGAUUGAGAAGGAGGCGGAGCAGACGUUGACCGAGAGGACCGGGCUGUUUGCCCCGUCGUCGAAGCUGUAG